GUCACCCGGUGGGGGAGCGCGGGCUUAGAAGCCUCGUUCUCCCUUUUCUCGCUCCCUCCCCGCGAGCCCCCAAGUCUCGCGAUCUUUCCGCUUCCCGCUUUCCCUCGCAGUGGCCGCGUGCUGGGCGCUCCGCUCCACAUGCUCUACGGCUCUUGGCUCACGACUUCUUCUGUCUUGCCCGCAGACGGCGCGCACAGCGUGAGCGCCCAGUGCGUGCUGCGGGUCACCAUCAUCACGGACGAGAUGCUCACGCACAGCAUCACGCUACGUCUGCUGGACAUGUCGCCCGAGCGCUUCUUGUCGCCGCUGCUGGGCCUCUUCAUCCGCGGCGUGGCCGCCACGCUGGCCACGCCGCCGGACCACGUGGUGGUGUUCAACGUGCAGCGGGACACGGACGCGCCGGGCGCGCACAUCCUCAACGUGAGCCUGUCGGUGGGGCGGCCGCCCGGGCCUGGUGGCGGGCCGCCCUUCGUGCCCUCCGAGGACCUGCAGGAGCGCCUCUACCUGAACCGCAGCCUGCUGGCGGCCAUCUCGGCGCAGCGCGUACUGCCCUUCGACGACAACAUCUGCCUGCGGGAGCCCUGCGAGAACUACAUGCGCUGCGUCUCCGUGCUGCGCUUCGACUCCUCGGCGCCCUUCAUCGCCUCCGCCUCGGUGCUCUUCCGGCCCAUCCACCCGGUGGGGGGCCUGCGCUGCCGCUGCCCGCCGGGCUUCACCGGCGACUACUGCGAGACCGAAGUGGAUCUCUGCUACUCCCGGCCCUGCGGCCCCCACGGGCGCUGCCGCAGCCGCGAGGGCGGCUACACCUGCCUCUGCCAGGAGGGCUUCACAGGCGAGCACUGUGAGGUGAGUGCCCGCUCAGGCCGAUGUGCUCCCGGAGUCUGCAAGAAUGGGGGCACCUGUGUCAACUUGUUGGUUGGCGGUUUCAAAUGCGACUGCCCAUCAGGUGACUAUGAGAAACCUUAUUGCCAAGUGACCACACGCAGCUUCCCGGCUCGAUCCUUCCUCACCCUCCGAGGCCUUCGGCAGCGCUUCCAUUUCACCCUGGCCCUCACGUUUGCCACAAAGGAGAGGGACGGGCUUCUUCUGUACAACGGGCGCUUCAAUGAGAAGCAUGACUUUGUGGCCCUUGAAGUGAUUCAGGAGCAGGUCCAGCUCACUUUCUCUGCAGGGGAGUCAACGACCACCGUGUCUCCAUUUGUCCCUGGAGGGGUCAGUGAUGGCCAGUGGCACACUGUCCAACUUCAGUACUACAAUAAGCCACUGCUAGGCCGCUCUGGACUCCCACAAGGCCCCUCUGAACUUAAAGUGGCCGUGGUGACAGUAGAUGACUGUGACCCUGGUGUGGCACUGCGUUUUGGAUCUGUCUUGGGGAACUACUCCUGUGCUGCCCAGGGCACCCAGGCUGGCAGCAAGAAAUCCCUGGAUCUGACAGGUCCCCUGCUACUGGGAGGGGUCCCUGACCUGCCUGAGAGCUUUCCUAUCCGUACCCGCCACUUUGUGGGCUGUAUGCGAAACCUGCAGGUAGAUGGCCGGCGUGUCGACAUGGCUGACUUCAUCGCCAACAACGGCACCAUGCCCGGGUGCCCAGCCAAGAAGAACGUGUGUGACAGCAACACCUGCCACAAUGGGGGUACCUGUGUCAACCAGUGGGAUACAUUCAGCUGCGAGUGUCCUCUGGGCUACGGUGGCAAGAGCUGUGCCCAGGAGAUGGCAAAUCCUCAGCGCUUCCUGGGUAGGAGCCUAAUGGCCUGGCAUGGCGUGGCACUUCCUAUCACCCAGUCCUGGCACCUCAGCCUCAUGUUCCGUACGCGCCAAGCCGAUGGUGUCCUGUUGCAGGGGAUCACCAGAGGGCACAGUACCAUCACCCUACAGAUGAGAGAGGGCCACGUGAUGCUGAGUGUGGAGGGGACCGGUGUGCAGAUGUCCUCUCUUCGGCUGGAGCCGGGCAGGGCUAACGAUGGGGAUUGGCACCAUGUGCAGCUUGUGCUUGGAGUCAGUGGAGGUGCCCAAGAGCCUGGCCACGCUGUCCUAUCAUUUGACUAUGGGCAGCAACAGACAGAAGGCAACCUCGGACCCCGGCUGCACGGACUCCACCUCACGAAUGUCACAGUGGGCGGUGCGGUGGGACCUGGCGGAACUGUGGCCCAGGGCUUCCGGGGCUGCAUGCAGGGCGUGCGAGUGGGUGAGACCGCAGAUGGUGCCAGCGGCCUUGACCCCGGCAGAGCAGAACGUGCCAAUGUCGAGCAGGGCUGUAGCCUCCCUGAUCCUUGUGACUCAAACCCCUGCCCCACUAACAGCUACUGCAGUGAUGACUGGGACAGCUACUCCUGCAGCUGCGAUCCUGGUUACUACGGUGAUAGCUGUGCCAAUGUCUGUACCCUGAACCCCUGCGAGCACCAGUCCGUGUGUACCCGUAAGCCCAGUGCCCCUCAUGGCUACACCUGCGAGUGUCCCCACAACUACUUCGGGCCGUACUGUGAGACCAGGUGCGUGGCCUUGGGUUGGGGCAGAGGGUCAGUAGUCUUCAUGGGAGGCUGGAAUGUUGUAGAGAGGAUUUCCUAUUGAGCAGGGGAUGGGCCAGAUGGCCUCAGAAAUCCUUUCUAGUUCUUCUACAUGA